AUGCGUACUCCUGCGCUAAAGCAGGCUGGCCAUUUGGUCUCAAGAGUGCCUUUCGCUCUCGAUUCAUGCUGCCCACCCAACCGCAGACUGUAUCACCGUCCGAGGUCGGGUGGCACCCGGCAGGACGAAGCUUUACAAGUUGCCCUGUCAGCUGUUAGACACUCUUCUAGCUCCAAGGCACGAGAGAAAAAGAGGGCUGAAGAUCGGGAAUUUAUAGUGUCUGUGCUGGAGGCUUCGGCGACUCGCCGUGAUGCCAAGGGCUACCUGCAGAAAUAUGCUCCGCCAGGCGAAAGUAACGCCAAGAAGCGCAAGACGGGUGCUUCUCAAGAAACACCAGAUCAGACCUACUCUUCUAUCAGAGUUGUCAACCAGUCACCGAAGUUCAUCCAGGGGGAAGGCACGCCGAAGAAACAGGAAUGUGUGCCGGAGGAUGAGCCCAUCAACCUCGCCAUUGUCAAGAUGACUCUUCCGCAAGACCUGGACGACCAAACGCUGAGCGCUAUCGCCAAGACGUUUUCGCAACUCCGCAAACUUGGACUUGUGAGUGUUAUCGUUCUUGACGGAGGAUCGCAGUCGUCUCGAAAGAUUCUCAGAGAGCAGUCUUGGCGGGUCCAACAAGCUGUGGAGAGCUUUGGUGAACCGGGCUCGAUCCUGCUAGACCAGUGUGUUGGCGAGGCAGAGAAGCACACGGCUGACACGAAGGGCUUCAUGCCUUCUAGCGUCUACGUUCAGUACCCACACAUGGUACUUCGAGCUCUUCAGGACAAUGCAAUUGUGGUCAUACCCCCCGUGACGAUGGCUACUGACAUGAAGAGUAUUGAUGUGGUGGAUGCUGACGAGACCAUCGUCGCCCUCACAAAGUACUUCUGUGGGCUUCAGUUGAACGCGAGUGAGACCCCCGUGGAAUCGCCGAGAUCCACCCAGGGUGCGGGAGUCAAGGUGGCCUCUGUCGAAAAGGUCAUCAUCCUAGAUCCUGCGGGGGGGACACCACUUGCGGACGAGCACGAUUCAUGCCACCGUUAUAUCAACCUGGAACAAGAAUUCGAGGGCAUCAUGUAUGCCCUCACACACCCGUCGGGAACAGAGGCGCGACGGGGAAAGGUGCCCGAGAGUGUGCGGCAACAGCAUGCUCGUAACCUGCACCUCGCGAAGAGCGUGCUUGCCAUGUUGCCGUCAACGUCGUCGGCUAUUAUUAGUACACCAGCAGCCGCAGCCAAUAAGCCCAUCCAAGAAUUUACCAGAGUUACGACGCGUAACAGGCAGAACCCUCUGAUACACAACCUCUUAACAGACAAGCCUGUCUUCUCCUCAUCGCUACCAAUCGAAAGAGUCCGCUCAGGAAAAAAAGGCGACGCCGUCUCGGGAGAUGCGCAUGUGGCCACACUCAUUAAGCGGGGGAUGCCGUUGACGGUGUAUCCCGACCCUAGCGCCUGGCUGCCUCCCCGACCAGGAGCACCUCGUCUGAGGCUCACAGACACCUGCAUAGAUCUUCCGCGGCUGGUCUACCUCAUCAACGACUCAUUCAACAGAGAGUUGGAUGUCCAGCAUUAUCUUGACCGCGUCAACGAGAAUUUGGCUGGUAUCAUCAUCGCAGGGGAAUAUGAAGGCGGCGCGAUCCUCACAUGGGAAAAGCCCUUUGGUAUCGACGAGGAAACAGCUUACAAAACAGGACGGCUUGUACCUUACCUCGACAAGUUUGCGGUUCUGAAAAGCCGCCAAGGAAGCGGCGGGGUUGCGGAUGUGGUCUUCAACGCCAUGGUCCGAGGUUGCUUUCCUGAAGGAGUGUGUUGGCGUAGUCGACAGGACAAUCCCGUGAACAAGUGGUAUUUUGAGCGGUCUCUUGGAACAUGGAAGCUAAGGGAUACCAACUGGACCAUGUUCUGGACAACACCGCAUCUACCUCUCAGCGAUCCGAAGCUGCUAGACUACGAGAAUGUCUGCCGUAACAUUGAACCGUCCUGGGCAGAUUCAAAACCACCAGACUAA